GGACAUUUUCGUUAAUUCCCAAAAAAGCAGCAUUGACGAUACUAUACUAGCGUUGUCUAUUGUCUCUGGAAAUUUUAUUCCAACACCAGAAUAUCACCCUCCUCAAGAACGGAGUCAUACACGUCACGACAGUGCGACUAGGAAAUCAUGGCUACGAUCAACGCAUCUACCAAAAUCAGCGUUCCGAAAAAGAAGCCCUCCAUCGCGGUGGGCGCGGCCAAAUCGGUCAUCGGGGCCAAGAAACCCAGCGGCACCGCGGCGCGCCGCGGCUCCGUGGCCCCGCCACUGAAACCCGCGACACUCUCGAACGCGUCCAAUUUGGCGCGUUUGCAGGAGUCGGACUCGGCGGGACAAAUUGCUCACGUGCGAGACUUGUUCCGACAAGCGCUGGGGGAACACACCACGUUGAAUUUGGGGUCCCCCAAAGCCGCCAGUACUACUCGCGAUCGGGCGGGAGCUGCCGCCGAUGUUGCCGUUGCUGCUAAGACUCUGGGCGUGCGCUGGAUACUCAAAAAGUGCGGCAUUGUUGAUGAAAUGCAGCGUAUGCUGUUUCCCGGCGGAAUUGAAGAGUUCUUGGCGCGCAAUGCGGACAACGAAAGUGAAAUGAACGGGAAUGGUAGCACCCCCAUGACGGGAGGUCUCAAAGCCAGUGCUUCGGCGGUAAGUCUCGCGAGUAUGGACGAAGUGACGACCGUCACCUCGGCUAAUUCGCUAGGGACGGAUACGAAACGUGGAAAAACGACACCGGCCAACGCCCGUGAAGGGUGUUUAUUGGUGAUUCGAGCCUUGUGCCAAAUUGUCGGUAAGGCGGCGGAAUCGUUCGUGGUAGGGGCCUUUUUGGCCGCCGCUUUGGAUGAAUGCGCGAGUUCGUCCGGUGCCAUUCGGGAAGCGGCCGAGGACGCGUCGACGGCGAUUGUAGCCUUGGCCAAUCCAUGGGCCUUUCGCACCGUCCUGUGUCCGUUGCUGCUGCAAUCGCUUAAGUCAACCGAAUGGCGGACCAAGGCGUGCACGUUGGAACGAUUGGAGCAGUGUGCCUCGACCGCAUCCGCACAAGUGUACAAAAUGAUUCCUACCCUGAUUCCUGCCGUGGGGAACCAAGUGUGGGAUACCAAGGCUCAAGUUUCGAAAGGUUCCCGCGCGGCACUGUUGGCCAUUUGUAACACAAACAACAACAGGGACAUCAAAAAGACCAUUCCUGCAAUUGUUAACGCCAUGUGCAAGCCUUCUGAAACCAACAAGGCCGUGUCGGAGCUCAUGGGCACGACCUUUGUUGUCCCCGUGGACGCUUCCACGUUGGCCAUGUUGUGUCCGAUUCUAGCCCGAGCAUUGAAGGAAAAGCUCGCCAUACACAAGCGUGCCGCUUGCAUUGUCAUUUCCAACAUGAGCAAGCUGGUGGAAACGCCCGAUGCGGUGGCUCCCUUCGGCUCCUUGCUCGUGCCGGAAUUGCAAAAAGUGUCGCACAAUGUUCAGUUUGAAGAAAUUCGGGACGAAGCACUCAAAGCGUUGGCCAAUCUGACCAAGGCUUUGGGAGACGCAUACAAACUGACCGAUGAAGAUGACCAAGCGGCGGAAAUGGCCAACGAAAAGGCCGAAGUAGAGGCGGAACAGAAACGUAUCGAAGACGUGCGGGAAGCAGAACGACUGAAAGAAGAAGCCGUACAGAAAAGGGAGGAAGAGGAGCGCAAAAAGUUCAAGGAAGCCAUGGAUGCACAGCGGGAGCUGACUCGCUUGGAGGCGGAAGAAGCGGAACGUCAACGCUCGGAAGAAGAAACCAAGCGCGAAGCCGCAAGAUUGAGUACGAAGGGCGGUACUGGGAA